CUUUAAAAAAUAAUUUUUUCAGUCAUUGAAUGAAUUGUAAACAAUGAAUAGCUUUAAUAACAUUGUAGAAUUUUCCGAAAAUGGUGAAUAUGUUGCUUAUUCAAGUCCUGAUGGUUGUCUAAAAAUUUGGGAAGCAUCUACCAAUAUCUUAAAACAGGAAUAUACACCAAGUGCUCAUUUGUCGGCAACGUGUUCGUCACUUCGCUGGGGACCAUGUAAACAAACUACUCAUGGAAAGAAAAAAGCCAAAAUAUCCAAGGGGGAUGCUCCUAUGACAUCAGAUCUCCAUCUUAUUGCUAUGGGAACUUUGACUGGUGAUGUACUUCUUUACAGUUUUACGACUGCAGAACUGCAUUCAGUUUUUAAAAAUGGACACAAUGGAACUGUGAAUGAUCUUUGCUGGUUGAUAGAUGAUGAUUCUUUGUACAGUUGUUCAAGUGAUCAGCAUAUUGUUAUUUGGAGCUUAUCUAGUGGGAAGAUAAAAACAAAAUGGAAAGUAGAGAAUAAUCCAAUUCAUUCUAUAUGUGUGAUCGAUGAUAGCAAUUUGUUGUCAAGCAGUCAUUCCAUCAAGUGGUGGGAUACGAAACAAAAAGUUGUCAUUAAGUCUUUCAUUGGUCAUGCCACUGAAGUGUUUAGAAUGCUUCCUGUAAAAUCCGAGAAAUCUGGGAAUUAUUUUCUAUCAGCUGCUAUUGAUGAUAGAAUUAUUAAUGCAUGGCAUUUAAGUGAAAAUGGUAGCCAAAAACCAGUUGCCAAGUUCUUAACAUCUGAUGAACCUCAAAAUAUCAAUUUAACCUGUAAAGAAAAUAAGCCCUUACUUAUGUCUGUGGUUUCGAAAGAUGGAUCCUUACAUUUGUUUGAACACAUGUUGAAUGGGCGAGUAAAAAGGCCACUAGAAGCAAAAGUUAUUGUACAAGUUGGCACUAAAUCUGACGAAUUAGCGAAACCUCAACUUAUGCCUAUCUUAGCUGUUAAUAUAAGUGAAGGUAUCAACUCUUGUCUCCUUAUGUAUGGAUCAUUUAUAAAACCUAUUUUUGAAAAGAUAGACUUAUCAGAUGCUCCUCGAAAUCAUUUUUUAGUGAGGCAUAGUUCCUUAUUUACAUCAGACAAUUUAGAAAGCAGUGUUUCAAAAAUUAAAAAGACUGAUAAAUCAGGCAGAGUCAAAGUUCUUGCCCCUGGUCACAUGAUGACAGAUGGAGCUUCACAGAGCAUUUCUAGAAAACGAAAAAAAGAAGACAAAAAUAUCUCUGAUCUGCCCAUGGAAGAACGACUAAAGGCUUUGGCCUUGAGUAAAAUUCCAGAGAGUAUAGAAGAAACAGAAUCUACAGUUACUUUUGACAGUAUGGUACAUCUUCUUCUACAGGGUCUUCAAAGUAAAGAUAAUAAUAUGCUCAAUUCGGUUCUACAAUCAAGUGAUGAACAGAUAAUACAUAAUACUGUUCAAAGGCUUCCAUUACAAUCUAUCUUCUUACUUUUGAAAGAAUUGCAUGAAAGAUUAAAUAAACAAGAACCCAGGAAUCAUGCAUGUUUAAAAUGGAUAAAGGGUCUUCUAGCUGUUCAUUUACCUUAUUUAUUGUCAUGUAAAGAUAUUGAUGAGUAUCUAGGUCCAAUCAGCCAGUUAAUAGAAGCAAGACUUCAAAAUUUUCCUAAAAUGAGCCAAUUACAUGGAUGUUUAAAUAUACUUUUGUCACAAGCCUCUGAAAAUUCUAUGAAAGAAGAUACCACAUCACAACCUUUGAAUGUAUAUGUAUCAGAAUCAUCUGAAGAAAGUGAGAGUGAAGAAGAAGAGGAGGAUGAGAUGGUUCUUGAAAACCAAUCUGAUCAUGAAGACCUUCAGUCAUCUAGUGAUGAAAGUGAAUCUAGUAAUAGCGAAAAUGAUAUGGAAAGCUGAAAGUUUCAGAAAAUCAUUGUAAAUUUAAUCAUGUAUAUGAGUUUAUUAAUUAUUAAAAUAUAUUGUUUUGUA